GGUGUAAUAAAGAAUCACCACUCAAAACUAAUCGUAAACUGGACAGAUGGAAGUCUGGUUUUCGAUUGAACCCAAAAUUCCACGCUGAUUCAUUCUGAUACCAGCUCAACUGAUAAUGUUGGGUGGUGGCUCUCGUCUUUCCCACCACUUACGAGAUUACAACCAUUACCAUCUUCAUCACCACCAAAUCUUAGGAUUAGGGUUUGGUUUGCGCCUUUACAGCACGAAAAUUGUUCAGCUCUCUUCUUUCAUUGCUAGACCUCUUCCUUCCUUCGCAAUCGGAGACAAUCAUCAUCGACUUCAGCAGAGAAUUGUCUCUUCGUCUACCCUUCAAUGCAAACAUCCUGGAGAAAUUCCUAUUCUUCCAGAUUGUUUCAGCCAACAAGAAGAUGAUCGUGAGUUUCGUGCUGAAGGGUUGUCCUCAGUGGCAGGAGGGAUAGUUGCCCUUGGGAAGUUUGAUGCAUUACACGUUGGUCAUCGAGAACUUGCAAUUCAAGCAUCAAAAGUUGGAGCUCCAUAUCUUCUGUCAUUUGUCGGAAUGGCUGAAGUACUUGGUUGGGAGCCUAGAGCUCCGGUAGUUGCCAAAUGUGAUCGUAAGCGGGUUCUUUCCUCUUGGGCCCCAUAUAGCAAUAUAGCCCCGGCAGAGUUCGAGAUUGAGUUUUCAACUGUUCGACAUCUUGCGCCACGCCAGUUUGUUGAGAAGUUAUCAAAAGAGCUCAGAGUGUCCGGAGUUGUGGCUGGUGAAAACUACAGAUUUGGAUAUAAAGCUGCUGGUGAUUCUUCAGAGCUAGUGAGGCUGUGUCAGGAGUAUGGAAUUGGGGCUUAUAUAAUUAAUUCUGUCAUGGACAAGAAUCAAGAUUCUAGAGAUAUAGACUCAAAUGAUUUAAAAGAGAGAGGACAAGUUUCAUCUACCCGCGUACGCCGUGCUCUAGCUGUAGGUGAUAUGGAUUAUGUAUCGGAGCUUCUGGGUCGUCCUCAUCGUCUUAUAUUGGUAGUGAAAGACCACAAAGAGUUAACUAGUAGUGGUAAAUUUAGGAUGUCAGUUCCAAAGUCAUAUCUGUUAAAUUUACCACCAAGGGAGGGUUUUUACGAUCACUGUUGUCUUUUAUUUGGUGAUGAGAAACCGCUAAAGUGUAGAGUACUGAUUGAUACAACACAUAUCCAUUUAGAAAUGGAUGAAGUUAUUUGUAAUUCCAAAAAAUCUCAAGACUAUUGGUUCUUGGGAAUUGAAUUUGGCAAGUUAAGUUAGUUAUUUCGAUAUCUUACCGUUGUUCUUUUUAA